CCAAUCCUUAAUUAUCUCGCCGUCCGCUGCUUCUAGAACCCAAAAAAACAUCAUACAUGUAGGACGGUUUCGGCGACAACAUUCCAUCUCAAGUCUCUAUCGGAAGGGCCACUGGAGAACCCUAUGGCGCUACAACCCGAGCCUUCACUGCCUGCACCGGCGGCGCAGUUAAAGACGGCCCGGGCCAAUGCCGAUCUCUCGGGUGACGCCCCCUCCGAUGCCGAAGAGGGUGCCGGGGCCGGUGCUGGGGCCAUCCCCGCCGCUGACACGGAUGAUGCCGCGGAGCGCCGGAUCCGCCGCAAGGUCGACUUGCGCCUCUGCACCAUCGCCGGCAUCCUAUGCAGCCUGAACCUCCUCGACAGCGGCGUGCUCUCCAGCGCCGCCGUCACGUCCAUGCCGUCCGAUCUGGGGCUGGACCAGGGCGACCGCUUCUCCGUGUCCAUCUUCAUCUUCACCAUUUCCAGCAUUGUGUUCCAGCUGCCCUCGACCAUCGCGGUGCGCAUGCUCGGACCGCGGAUCUGGUUUGCGGUGAUCACCUUCGCCUUUGGCCUGAUCACGCUCUGCACCGGCUUUGUCCGCAGCUGGCAGCAGAUGAUUGUGCUGCGCAUCCUUCUUGGCGCCGCCAUGUCCGGCAUCUUCCCGGGCCUCGCCUACCUCAUCAGCACCUGGUAUCCGCGCCGGGAGCAGCAGCUGCGCUUUGCCUACAUGCAGAGCGGCGAGGUCAUCAUCCUUGCCACGGGCAGCCUGGUCAACUACGCGCUGAACCGCCUCGACGGCCGCGGCGGCCUGGAGGGCUGGCGCUGGAUGUUCGUUGUGCAGGGGCUCUGUACUUGCGUCAUCGGCGUUGCGACGUACUGGUGGAUGGUUGAUUUUCCCGAGAACUCGCACGCAAGCUUCCGCUUCCUGUCACCCGACGAGGCCGCCAUCGUCGCGCAGCGCAUCCAGACCGACCGAGGCGACCUCGUCGCUCAGGACUUCAGCAUCGGAAAAGUCCUUGUCCACGCCAAGGACCCCAAGGUCUGGGCGUUUGCCUCGCUCUUCUUUAUGCAGAACAUUGUGUCGACGGCCCUGGCCUACUUUGUGCCCAUCAUCCUUGAGGGCGGGCUGGGGUACUCUUCUGAUGCGUCCAUCAUCCUGUCGGCGCCGCCGUACUACUACGCCGUGCUGCCCGUUCUUGCUUCUUCCUGGUUUGCUGACAAGUUCCGAAUCCGGGCGCCCAUCAUUACGUUCAAUGCCGUCUGUCUCAUCACUGGCUUUGCCGUGCUGGGGUUUGCUCGAGACUCAGGAGCUCGUUACUUUGGUGUUUUCCUUGCUACGGGUGCCUAUGUGGCAAACUGGGCCGCCCUGACGGCUUAUCAGGCAAAUAAUGUUGUUGGUCAAUGGAAGCGGGUGUUUACUGCUGCAGCCUGUACUAUGUUCAACGGCGCUGGUGGGAUUGCAGGGAGCUUCAUCGUCCGAAGGUUCGAGGCGCCAUACUAUGCGACGGCUGUCUGGGUGUCAAUUGGAUCGCAUAUUUUGAUGAUAACUGUCGUUGGUCUGCUUUCCUUACACUUCUACCUCGCCAAUACCAUGCAAAGAAAGAAAGCCGGAGUUUUGGAAAGCACGGCGGGCUUUAGAUUCACAUACUAGAGGGUUUCGGUGGAACAUAUAUAAUUCAUCAGAUAUAGAGAGACGUUACACGAAUUCAUACCAAAGCGAACGCUUAAUACCAAAGCCUUGGUGUUCUUCCAACUUUAACAUCGAGGCUUGUACUAUAUCCCAUCCUAGUACUCGGUUUCCGCAGCUGCUACUCUGCACUGCUUGGAGGUCUCAUGGCUGUCUCUUCGUGGUUCGCCGCAUCCUGCGUGGUAGUCCACUACAGAGUCCAAUUCCGAGGGGCGAUCAGUAUCACGUUUAAUCAUAUGACUCUGUCAA